AUGGGGAAAAAGACGCGCGUGCAGCUGCACGAACAGACGCCGACUCGAAACCCGUUUGUCGUUAUCAAACAUGUCAUUGAGCAGGAGGGCCCGCGCUCACUGUACAAAGGGUGCUCGACCCUCGUGGCGGGGACGGUGGCCAAGGAUGCGAUCCGGUUCAUCUCGUUCGACACCAUCAAGGCACAGUUCAAGGACCCGGAGACCGGCACGCUGUCACCGCUGAGGAACCUGAUGGCCGGGAUCAGCGCCGGGGUCGUCGCGAGCACCUUUGCCGUGACGCCGACGGAGCGGAUCAAGACGGCGCUGAUCGACGACGCGCGCUCGGAGCGCAAGUUUCGUGGCCCCGUCCACGCCACAGCGACGCUCAUCAAGGAACACGGCGUCCUCAGGGCCCUGUAUCGCGGCUACGUCACGACGACGCUGAAGCAGGCCAGCACCACGGCGGUGCGGCUGGGCACGUACAACAUCCUCAAGGACUUUGAGCGGCUGCGCAACAUCCCCCAGACCACCGCCACCACGUUUGCCAACGGCGCCGUGGCCGGCACGAUUGUCGUCUUCGCCACACAGCCAUUCGACACGCUCAAGACCCGCGCCCAGUCCGUCCGGGGCGAGGGGGUGCUGGAGGCCUGGAACGGCGUCAUUGCCGACUACGGCUUCCGUGGCCUCUGGAGGGGCAGCACCAUGCGGCUGGGGAGGACCGUGUUGGCUGGCGGCAUCCUCUUCACCACGUAUGAGUGGAUUGCUGCGUUGAUUCAGCCGGCCUUGGAAAAGACCCGGCUCGCACCUACGACCGCCAAAGAAUGA